GAAUCUCUGGCAAUAUAGCAGACCAGCAACCGGCAAUCUUGUUCCUCUCCAUCGACCGAGAAGACGUCAUCAGCCAACGAGCCGACUACUGCACGCUGCACCGGCGCACUGCUACGACCCACUCACCGGCUACCGCUGAUCCCUCACUCCCUGCACCUGCUUCCGCCCGCCCGCAGACUCUUGACUUUGAUAGAAAAAAAGAAUUUCACAAGCCACAACUUAAUCGCAAUUGGCAAUAGGAGCUGUGGUUAUUAAUUUAUUGAGUAGCUUUUCUUUCUACAAUUAAUUGUUAGGAAUUUGUGUUUUUUUUAUCCUAUUCUAUAUGUAAAUAUUCUGCUACUUUAUUUUUGCUCCCGGUGAAGAUAUAUUUUGAGCUUAAGCAUGACUAUAUAUCUAGCUUUGAUUUUAUACAGAACCUUAUUUUUCGCUUUGUGAUUCUGUAGUUAGCUUCACUACAAUAUUUUGAAAUUUGAAUUUGACGACACUGCAUCAAGUUAUUAAUUGAUAAUUUAUGCCUUGAACGACUUGACAUUUUCCUAAAUUACUAGCUUAGUCCCAAAAUUUUCUUCCCCACUGUUCUGCUAAUAUUAAUAAUUCAAACAUACAUAUUUUAAACUACAGUAGAAGUUCUAUUGCUAUGCUCAAACGGAAUUCAAACUUACUUUUUUUUGCCCCUCCUCAAUUGAAAUGCUAGAUUUGCCUCUGCUGUCACCCCCUACCCGUCACCCUAAUCACUGGACUAAGACAAAAUCCACCAGUCUUCUCCUACAACAUCAGCCGUGUGUGACCCACCUACCUCUUCCGACUAUUAACUGUUGAGCAGCAGCCACUGGUCUCUCUUUUUGUGACACAAUUGUCAUGUCAAGUUCAUAGUUCUGUUUUAAAAUUAAAGAUACUUAGCAUAUCAGAUCCAUUUUGUUCUAAGCUGCUUGGAGAGACCACAUGGAAGAUUGACAAGUUAUCAAAAAUUAAAAAAAGAGAACUUCAGAGUAAUCCAUUUGAGGUUGGAAGCUACAAAUGAGUGCAGAUGUUGGGCAAUAACAACAAUUACUCUAUUGUUCAAGGUUUUGCUUUAUGGGUCGGUUUCCAUUGUCAAGAAAAUCAUGUAGCCUUUCCACGUUCACGGGUUUCGUAAAAUCAGGAUUUUUUGGGAGUACAUUCACAGCAGAAAGUGGGUAUUGUCGAAAUUUUGGGAGUGUCUCAUCUGCUUUGUUGUUCGAAGAUUCCGACUCAUGUUCAAGUGGUGAUGACAGAUGUGGAUUUGAACCAUUUGUUCCAACUAUUCCGAGGAAGAGAUUGUAUAUGUGCUACUCACCAGAACUUUGCUCAGUUGUUGUGAGAGUGUACAAAUCAUUGGGGUGGGAGGUAGCUAGAGAAAUUAGAUUCAGUAUAUCAAUUGAAAUGCAUGGCCUUUUGCAAUCAAUCAAUGCCUUCAUGAUGUGUGUGCAUAUUUUUGCACAAGUUGGAAUGCAGAUGGAAAUGUAUGCAUUGCUCAAAGAUAUUGUUUUCAAUUUCCCGAAGACUGAGUAUGAUUUAGUUAAGAUAUUUCCACUUUUGCUUAUUUCACCCGAUGAUUCAAAAAUAUCAGCUUUGGUUGUUGAUGUUCUUAUCAAGAUUUUUGCUGCAAAUAAGUUGUUUGAAGAUGGUAUAGAUGCAUAUUUCCAGGCUAAGAAAUUUGGUUAUAGAUUAAGUAAUUGUUCAUGCAAUUUCUUACUGAAAUGUUUGGCAGAAGCAAGGAGGAAAGAACUUCUUCAAACACUAUUUGAAGAGAUGAGGCAAUUUGGACCAUCACCCAAUGUUUAUACAUAUACAAUUAUGGUGAACUUCUAUUGUUGUAAGAAUCACACUCAACAUAAGAUGGAUUUAGAAAAAGCCACAUAUUUUAUGAUGGAAAUGGUUACUAGAGGGAUUAAUCCAUCUGUUGUAACACACAGUGUUUAUAUCCAUGGACUUUGUAGAGCUGGAUGUGUUCACUUUGCUUUGGAUUAUCUUCGAAACAUGAGGCAUAGCAACGAAUUCAUAAACUCUUAUUGCUAUAAUGCCGUUAUGCAUGGAUUUUGUGCAAAUGGUGAAACCAUUGAAGCCAUGAAUCUUUUUGAAGAAAUGAAGGCUAGUGGAGUUCUACCAGAUUUAUACAGCUAUAGUAUAUUGAUUGAUGGGUUUUCUAUAUGUGGGAAUGCUGAGAAAAGUCUUUCUUUACUAAUGGAGAUGGAAGCUAUCAACAUAAAACCAUCCUUGGUUACCUAUAGCUCACUGUUGAAUGGUCUUUGCAGAAGUGUACCCAUGGAAUUCUCACUUGACCUGUUUUAUAAGAUAGAGGAGUAUGGCUAUAAGCAUGACCAGGUUACUUACAACAUCUUAAUAAACGGGUUUUGCUUGCAGGGUGAUUUGUUCUAUGCUCACAAGUUCUUGGAGAAGAUGAUCAGUAAUAAUAUGAUUCCUAGUGCUUUAAAUUAUAACAACUUGAUCCAUUCAUUUUGCAAGAUGGGUUCCGCCCGUGAAGCCUUGGAGCUUCUCAGAGCAAUGAUAAAAAAAGGCCGUUACCCUGAUAUAUUUACCUUCAACUACAUUAUUAGUAGCUUGUGUAGUGAUGGAAAUACAGAGAAGGCACUAGAAGUAAUUCCGAUGAUGCUUAAGAUGAAUGUAUUGCCCGGUGUUGUAAACUAUAGCACUCUUAUUAACGGUUUUGCGAAACAGUUUAAUAUCAAGAAGGCCUUGCUGUUGUACACAAGAAUGUUAAAACUUGGGGUUACUCCAGAUACAACUCUCUAUACCAUUCUCAUUAAUAUAUUUUGCAAAAUGGGAAAGUUAACUGAAGCCUACAAACUGUUUAGGGAAAUACCCUUUCAAGGGUUGAAUCCUGAUAACGUCUCAUAUACAUCUGUCAUAGCUGGAUUUUGUAGAGUUGGAGAUAUGAACAGAGCACUGAAAUUGUUUAAUGAAAUGACACUUGCGGAAGUCUUGCCUUCUGUUGUUACUUAUACAUGCCUUAUAGAUGGGUAUUGCAGUGUUGGUCGUAUUGAUAUGGCCAAUAUGGUACUAGAAGAGAUGAGAAGGAAGAAUGUACCUCCUGAUGUCGUGACAUACACUAUCUUGAUCCGUGCAUACAAGAGGCUUGGACAAUUGAAUAUGGCUUUCGACCUGUGUGACCAAUUGGAGAAGGAAGACAUAAAUUUGCAUGAUGUUGCAUUCCAAGCCUUAUGGCAUGAUAAGUAAGAUCUAAUAAGGAAAGGAUAAAACGGUUUUUGUACUUGAGUUUGAAGAACGCUAAUCUGUUCCCUAUACACGUGGUUUGUGUAGUGGUGCCUAAAGCCGGUGAACAAUUGAAAAAGAUAUCGGAUCUGGGGGUCUGGAUUUUGGAACUUUUCUGGUCCUUCUGGUCUUACAUUUGGAUUUACAUUAUUCUAAUGGUAUGGACUCCAAAUGUUGUCAUCUUGUGGGAGUCUUUGCUGACGGUUGUCCAGUUCAGCCUAGCUUGAAUAGAAGUGCAAAGAUGUUUAAAAAUCAGAUGGAUUGGGAAAUGGUGAGAUGAACACGUUGAAAAUCCACUGAGCCAUAAGGUUGAUGUUGAUGUUGGUCUAACAUACAGGAAAAGACGUCCACAACACUUUAGAGAUCAAGAGAAGUGCUCGAAGUCAGUCAAUGAUGGAGAUGAAGACAAGUGGGAAAAUUGUUGAUAUUUUCUCCAUCCAUUCAGGGCACAAGACAGAUGCUGCUGAAUCAUUUGCAGAGUUGCCUGGGCAGAUAUUGCCAAGUUGUCAAUGAAUUUGAUAUCUUCACAAUCUGAAAGCAACAUUUUGUCAAUGCAUUUGUGGUACUAUUCUUCCCUCUGCCUUUUAUUAGGGUCUGUCUAGCUUGAGCUUUAAGAAAAUAAAGUGGGAAGAACAAGUAGUAUCGGUCUACAAAACAUAAAAGGGGAAGUGAUUGAUAAAAGAGUAAAGUAGCUGAGUUCAAUGUCUCAAACUAUUGAAAGUGUAUCUUACAAAAUGAGAUAGUUGGAUUAGGAAAGAAGUUUUUGAAAAGAAUCGGAAAGAAAGGAAGAAAUGUUAAGGAAAGUUAAGAGGAGAUAAAACUCUCUAAAUGGAUCUCAAGUAUUUGUUGAUACACAUUUUAUUUAUUUAUGACUAUUGUGAAAUUAUUCAGCUUUGGUCCCAUCACUUAUUAGGCAAUUCUCUCUUUUGAUCCCAACUUUCAUUUUUCAAGUUUUGGUCCCGCAAAUUGUAGAUUUUUAAUCACUUAUGGAGUUAUGGUCCUGAGUUUGGCCACUUAUCAGGUCAAUUUUUGAAGCGGUUGAUUUUCACUAGACAAGCCGCCGGAAAGGACCAUGAGUGAAAAAAUGAAAAUUGGGGAUCAAAACUUGGAAUGACCUAAUAGUCGUGGGGAACAAAAGUGAGAUUUUCAUUUAUUAUAUAAAGAAAGAAUCUGAAAAUAUGAAAGUUUUAAGUAAAAAUAAUCACAUUUAAUUUUGCAAUGCGUUUUCACAGCUACAGUGAAACGUAAAGUAACUUUUUAUUCCCCCCUUUCCCCAGUAGCAUUGUCUACGAUCUAAACAUACCCUUAAUGCUGGGAGUGUUAUUUAAUAAUAGAUGUCGAUAGCAAGAGGAUGCCAUAACUUUUGUUAUACCCCCUCUCUAGAUGACCAACAAUAUGUUACUUUUUGUAUCCUGGCUCUUGAUUAUCUUCAUUUCAUUUAGAAAUGCUUAUGUAGUACCAAGUUACCAACUACCAAACUUUCAUGUUCAUAGUUUGGUCCCUUCAAUAUUUAAUUUUGUUUGGAUAAAGGGUCAAAUAGAUCCUUCUACAAUUGUAGAUCGGUCAUCUAAACCAAUGUACUAAAAAAAGCAUCACAUAAACCCGUUUAUUCUUACUUCUUAGCCGGUCACUUGUUGUUUCUGAUAUGUGAUAUGUCCUACUCUUGUUGUUGGUUCAGCUCUCCAUCCCUCUUCCCUUUGUCUUCAUCUUUAUUAUUUUUUUCGUACUCUUCUUUCAUUAUCUUUUUCUUUACUUUUUAUUUCUGCCUUUACUUUAAUUUACAUAAAUCAACUUAAGUAGCAGCAACCGUGAGUACGUCAAUGCUCUGGCCACCAUUUCCCACCGACACACCAUAUGCUACUGCCAAUGGACACCACCUCCCUGACUCAGUUUGCCGCCCACAAACCUUAUCGUGAAAUCUCUCCGGUCGCAGGUAUGAGGAGCUCCAAAGCCGCUAAUUCUGAAUCCAAGGAAAGAAAUCAGUAAGUCCGUACUCUCCAUCUCUAAUCGAAGACUUGAGAGCAGUCCAAUGACGCCGUCCUUCAGAGUCGUCCCCAUGGAAGCAGCCCCUUCUCUUCUCACUGUGCUGCAACAAGGACCACGACGCCUGGUAGUCGAAGAAGGGAGGAGUGAAGUUCUCUGCUCUACAACGGAAUCACUGAUUUUGUCUCUUGUGAAAUCUCCCAAAUCAGUGACGAAGACCGCCGACUGGGAAAUCCCUCCUUGCCGAUCUUGAAGAGGGAAGCUGGAUGAAACAGACUAAAAAAGAAAAGAAAAAGUUAAUAAAGAAAAAUAGAAAAAUAUUAGUCUGUAUGAAUUAGCAAUUGACCGGCUAUGGAGGGUUCUCUCCGGUAAAUUGGUUGGGUUGACCAUUUUUUGGAGUAAACAGGUUUAUGUGAUGGUUUUUUUGUAAGUGGGUUUAGAUGACGUGUCUAUAAUUGUAGAAGGGCCUAUUUGACUCCUUUCCCUUUUUUAUGUGUUUACGUAAUUUGCAUUUGGCUUAUAUUUAUAUCCUUCAAUACGGAACAGGUAGAGCUUGCAAAAUCAAGGAAAGUGGAUAACAUGUGCCUUUGCACUGCACUCAUUUCAUUGAAAAUUCUCCUACUACCAUGGCGGCUUCUCCUUGCGUGUGUACCUCCCUGUCAGGUUACCCAUGGGUGGCCUGCCUUCUUAUGUUCUUCGAUCUUCAUUAGUGGGAUAGCUUAUGUUACACAACUCAAAAACCUGAUAAGCUGUGUUACAGUUAUUUUUUGUUUUUGUUUUUUGUUUUUAUUUAAAAAGUUUGCACUACUUUAUUGAGAGAACUAUAUGAAGCAUUAGGUGUUCUGAUGACUGCAGGAAUAAGUCCUUCAUGACCCAAUCUUCUCUCUAGUAAGAUUGAUGCAUUAGGGUUUGUUGACCAAGUGGUGCAAACUAGUUAUAAUGCACAUAUACAUGUUGAU